UUGUAUAUAAAACCGACCAUCCGUUACGCGAUCCUGAUUCAGUAAUUUCACACCCUAUUCGUCACAUCCCGACCUUUAAAACUGCGCAUUUCGUGAAACGACCGGAUCCGCCAGUAUGUUUGGAAAGAUGAAUAUUUUAACAAUCGCCGUAUUCUUUAUUCUCAGCCACGUGUCCUGCGUCCUAAGCAGAAGAGUGAAUAUCACUCAGCUGAUUAAGGAGAGCUUGAGAUCUGAGCAACCUGGGCGCUACUAUGAAUUACGUGAUAUACCGGUGAUAAGAGAUAUGUCUUAUCUGCCAGAAGAGGAUUACAACGCGGAAAGUGUGGUGAACGAACUGCAACAGCUGGAGAGAGAUAACAGAAAUUUGAUGCCCGAAUAUCGCAAUCUUUGCGAGACAAUAACGAAAAGAGUGGAAAUUACCGAUCCCGAUUACGAGUACCAACCCCCGCAUUAUUACGAGAUCUUCUGUAAGAGUUAUUCAUCGGGCUAUAAUGAUCAAACAAUAAGAUCUAUACAGAAAUGUGCUCAACCAACAUUUCACUGCGUGCAAAGAAGUCGACUCCUGUCCCUAGUCAGACGUCGUUGGGAAGGCGAAUGUUGGGAACAUUUUACAAAAGAAAUCCCCAGUGGAUGCGAGUGCAUGUGGCCGGUCACUAAUCUUGGCGAGAUAACUCAUCAUUACUGAUUCAAUAGCGCAUUCGUAUAUUUA